AUGUCGAGCAUCUUUCUUUUUGCUCAGGAUCGUGGGAAAGUUGGAAAUUCUUACAGUCAGCUGCAAAAUGAUUUACAUGAGAAGUUAAAGGAAAUCUCAGAACAAAUCAAACGAGAUGGGGUUUCCAUUCCCGAUGUUUUGCGUCCAUUAACACGAGAUUCUAUUGCUCAGUGUGUGAUAGGCCCGUCACAUAUUGCUUUCCGUCUAAAGGAUGGUCAAGUUUGUCGUGUGGCUUAUACCAUAAAUUCAGAUCGUUUAUCUCAGAAGUCUGAUAAAAAGAAAAAGCAAGGGAUAUCUUAUAGUGAUUCAUCUGGCGCUGUUAGAGAGGGAGCUGCGGCUCGUACUGGAAAUACCCAACAUGCGGGUCGUUCAUACAGAUCACCUUUAAGUGUUCUUGGUAGAACCUCCCGAGGGAUUAGUUUCCUACGUGAAAUGCACCGUCAAGGAAUUUACCUUGCAAGACCGGUUGCACACCAAAUACCUGAAAGCGAAAUCCCUGAGGUUCUUAUUGAGGAGUGCCAAACGGUUUUACAAGGGAAAUCGCGUCAAGUAAUUGUGCGUGAACUGCAAAACACAAAUUUGGACGUCAAUAUGGCGGUGAACAAUCUGCUUUCACGUGAUGACGAGGCAGAACAAGGCAACGGAGGAAAUUCCAGUGAUGGCAAUGCUCAAGGAGGUGGUAGUGGGAAUCCAGAUGACUACUACUGGGACGACGAAGCAGUUGAGCUGUUAUCAUUUUUUGAAUAUCCGGAUAGUCAUGGGAUUUUCGAAAAUGAUGGCUCAACUGCUGAUGAAACUGCCGGACCCCCAACAUCACCGCGUUUUCGUAGUGAUUUGACAUCUGAUUACGACUAUAGUUUCAUUACUGAUCGGCGCAAACGUCGGCGAAUCGAUCCUCAUUUGUAUAGCAGAAGCGGUGAACUUUAUACUGGACGCAAUGCUUCUGUCGUCAGUGACUCCACUUUCAACAGAUCUGUUACUGAUCCGUCGAGAAAUUCAAACACUUCAGAUUCAGUAAAUGAUAAUGCAAAACAGUCUACUGGCUCUAUUCGCUAUUAUGUUCAGCUAUGUGAUACACUUGAAUUCUGGCCAGAUCCUGACAAUUCUGAUUUAAAUUUACAUUUCGUACAUAUCGUUGCUCUACAUUCAGAAUUAGUUGCCUUAAAUGCCUGGGGAGAACUUCAUCAAUGGCGAUGGGCAGAUGCUACACCCUUUGUUAUGCAAAAUACUAGUCAUAUGAAUUCAAAAGAUGUUAACGAUAAGAAAUCGACUCACAUUUCGAACGUUUCAGAAGGAGAGCCAACAGGACUUGGAGAACAAACUAUUUCCAGAGUGUAUCACCCACGAGUACUGGACCUUGGUUUAGUGGAAGAGAAAGUUAUCAAACUUUCUGGUUGUGCUACACGAGCAACCGUGUUAACAGAUACUGGAAAGUUCGCCACAUGGAUGGAUGAGAGUCUUAUCCAAUCUUUACCUGCUUCUUCAUACCCAUUAGGUUCAUCUUCUGGUUCUUUGGGGAUAGAGCACCGAGUUAUUUGGUUUCCUGAGCUACGUGAUGAGGUGAUUAGUGAAAUUUACACUGCUCCUUUAGUGACUGUAGUCCAUUGCUUGUCGGGCUCGGUGUACUGGUGGGGUGUAUAUCCUUCUUACAUGCGACAGAGGGCGAUUGAAAAACUAAGACAAAAUCGUGCUCCUACAACUCCCAAAAAGGGUAAUACACCAUCUAAGAAUUUAAUGAAAAAUCGAUAUUUUUCAUCUCUGCAAAGUAAUAAUAACACCUCUGUUGCUGAGACGACAAGUUCUAAUACAGGAGAAAUCAGUGCACAGAAUGUGAAUGAUAUGUUUAGUUCUAAUGCUGGUAUUGUACUGGGUUCAUUUGUUUGCAUACGCAGUGCUCCAAUAUUUCAUGCUGGAGCGAUUGGUUUUACUGUGAUGGAUGGAGUACCAAAGGUAGGAACACUUCUUGAAGAUGCUUGGAAAAUUACAGAUGUUUGUAGAUUUCGAGUUAACACAGUUAACUCUUCUUCAUUUAUGUCAGGAAUUAACGAUGGUCCACUCCAUCCUCCUGUUUUAUCCUCUGAUUCCUCUCAACACUUACUAACCUGUCCAUAUGCACUGGGUGCAUCCAUUUCCAGUCAGUCUAGUUCAGGACAGUGCUUGGGGUCGUUGGUUUAUAAUUCCUCAUCGACUCAGUUAUCUAAUGAUCAAGUACCUGCCUCUUCAAGUGGAAACAAUUCAACAUUAACUUUCCAAGAGAUGCCGCCCCCACCAUCACCAGCUUCGUCUACAUGUAGUGAUCAGUCGGGUCCAGUAAGAGUUAGUCCUGGAACAUUUAAGAGGAAAAAGGUUUCUAGCGUGUCAGGUGAUCGUAGCGAUCGUGUCAUAGGAGACUGGGAUAUUGGCAGUCAGAAUAAUGGUCGCAGUGUACGUGGUCGAUCCGCCGAUCGAGAUUCUUCCUUUAAUGUUUCAACUGGUGCUACAACUAAACGUGGUUCUACUGAUUUAAAUAAUGAUACCACUGAUAUGAAUACUAAGUCAGACGGAGGAUAUAAUAGAGCAUCCGGUAAUAGUAUUUCCGAAGAAGACUGGUGUUUGAGUGAUGUUGUUUUCGUCGAAGAUGGUCGAACUCAACCCGUGGGUAUUGUGCUUAAAGUAGAUGGAAAUAUUGCUGCUGUCAAAUUCUUGAAGGAGCAGGAACGUUUAUGCGUGGCGGCUAAUUGUCCAUACUCGCCUGUAUGUACUCUGAUAAACAGCAUUUUAGGUACUGGCUCUUCAUCAGCAUCAAUGACACCAAUAUCUACAGAUCCGAUGAGUUGGCUUAAUGAUUGCAGAUUACUUCGCAAAGAGGACCUAACCAUCGUUCGAAAUGCAGGAUUAGUGCGUGUUCCUGAUGUGAUUCAACGUACCCCUAGGCGGGUGUUCACCUUCCCGAGUGGUGGGUGUUGUCAGCGUAAUUCAUGUGACUCCAAGAAUUCGAAAACAUUAUCUUCUGAUCCUCCAAAAAUCUUAGCGAUUGCAGCAGAGAACAGCCGUAUUCAUGUUAUUGUAGGCCAGCGAGAAAGUGGAUCUCAUCAGCCUACUUUUUAUCAGGUUUACAAUUUAUCAGGGAAGCUUAUAAUUAAUCAGAAAAUGCCAUUUGGUGCCUCUGCUUUCAAAUCUGUCUCAGAAUCGAAAGAUGAAUCAGCCACUAUAGUAUGCCCAGCAGAACAUCCACUGCUGUUACGAGAUCCUGGUGGUCUUGUCUUACCAUUCAUCCCACCUUCAAGAAUCUGUAGUCAUGAAACAUGGAUUAGUCCAUUUCCAGUUGAUCUUCCUCCUGUUCAGUGUGCUUCUUUCUCAUGGAUUAGAAAUAAUUUGCCGUCUUCUGGAGCCUUAGGAAAUACAAAUGGACGACAGUCAACAAAAUCACAGAGUGAACAACAACCACGUUGUCUUUUCGGUUUAGUGGUUAUUCAAGAUCAAACUUUAAUGCAACACAUUCUGCGAGCUAAUGAUGUCCAGAUUGAAAGAUUGUUGGCUACUGACUUAUCUUCAGGAGAAAGUCUUAAACUAGCUUGUGAACUUGCAGACGGGCGGCGUAAUCUACUUCAUAUGGCUGUGUCGAUGUGUGCACCACAGUCGAAUCGAGAAACAACUACAGAAUGGUUAUCAAAGCUUGAACCUGUUCUUGCCUCUCCUCGUUUACGUCCUCCUCCAGUUGAAGAUAAAGACAAAUCUGACAAGGAAUCUGAAUCUAAGGAUACUCCUGCAAUUAAAGUAACUGCUUCGAAUAAUUCCAGCCAUCAGCCUUCAUUUUGGUCUUCUUUGGCUCGACGAUCAUCAACUGGUACAGGUUGCUUAAGUAUGCAUGAAUUAUUUAUUCGAUCUUCAAUUGAAGCUGCUACUGUGGCAGCCGCAGCGGCAUUGUCCAACUCCUCUUCACGUUCUGAUUCUGAAGUGCGCACUAGUACUGCUGCUAACACAACUCUAUCAUCUGCCAAUGGGUUAAACUUUUGGCACUUUCCUCCAGUGAGAAAAGAUGAAAUUACACGAAGGGUUGCUUCAUAUCGAAUUGUUCGUCUUUUAAUCGAAAGUCGACAUUUGUUACCUAGUUUAAUUCCACUUCUGACAGCUCGUAAUACAGAUGAUUUGACCCCGUUAAUGUUGGCGGUUAAACUUCGGGCAUAUAGUGUUGCUCGUUAUUUGUACGAAAUAAUUCUUCGUAUUGUAGGAGUGUGUGACGAUUUAGGUUUUGCAUGUUUACCAGGACCUCCUAUAAUUGAAGUUCCUGACUGUUCUGUGUUAGACUUCUUUUGUCCUUCUAGUCACAAACCAGAUGAUUCUCCACUCUUUCAACUUUGUUAUAAUGACACUUGCAGUUUCACAUGGACUGGUCCUGAUCAUAUUAGACAGGAUAUCUUCGAGUGUCGUACUUGUGGUCUGAUGGAUUCUCUAUGCUGUUGUACAGAGUGUGCACGUGUAUGUCAUAAAGGUCAUGACUGUCGCUUAAAAAGAACUUCUCCAACAGCUUAUUGUGAUUGUUGGGAAAAGUGUUGUUGUCAAAGUCUUAUUUCUGGACUUCAAGCUCCACGUCAUGAGUUAUUUUAUCGACUAUUGUUCGAAACUAAGUUAGUAUAUCAGCGAAAUGGUCGUGGAGAACAUUUACUGCUUUACUUAGCUAAAUGUGUAGACCGUCAAGCACGGGAACAACGUCAACAUCGUCCAUCCAGACGUCGUUUAACUUCUACUACAAGUCGAACUAAUUCCACUGGUAAUCCACCAGUUACUUCUGCAUCGAAUACAACAUCGGCCUGGGAAUCAAUCAGUGCAGUUCAAAAUGGUGGGACAGAAGAACCUGAUCAUGAUUUGGAGCCUCCUCGUUUUUGUCGUGAUGCUUUGGAACUGGCUCUUGACUGUCCUACUGCUGUGUAUAGCAUGUUGAUGUUAGAUAAUAAUUCAGAUAUUUUAUGCAACACAUCUGCUGAGCGUAAACCUGGAUUUAUUAAUGAAGACCAGGUAUUUCUGUCAUCUCAAGGAGGCACAAAUCAACUAGAUGAUUUCGUGUUCACACUUAUUUGUAAGUGCCCUACUGAUAAGACUGAUAUUAUCUUGGCUACAUUGAACAAAGGUAUGCGAGAGUAUCCUUCAAGUUUAGAAGAGAUAUCGAAAGAUAUAAGCGUUUUUCCCACAUCCACUAAGCUAAGUAAAUCUGGCUUCAUACAUGGAGAAUAUCUUACUUCCGUGGAUAUGAAAAAAGCAGCUGCUCGAUUUGUUCGUUCCGUGGCUCGUGUCUAUGCAAGUUUAUGUUUAGAAUUGGCUCCAGACCAAAAGAAGAAAAGUCGUUUGGGUUGGGCUCAAACAACAAUUUUGGAUAACUGUCGACGAAUAUUCACUGUCCUCUCUCCGGUUGCUUUAAAUGAAUUGCCUAUGCUUGCUGCUAGUCUUCUUGCUCCUAUUCGUACGGGUACUGUACGACCCUGUGCAUCCUUUACAUCUCAAUCAAAUGAAAUCACCUCGGGACUUGAAUCGUUAAUUAAUGCUGAAAGAAAUUAUUUAACGCGCCAACAGUUGCUCUCUUCUAGUGAAUCUACAAAAUCCGAUGAUCUACCAAGCAGAGGAAUACAGAGCAUCGAUGAUGGAUAUAGGCACCAUCACUCGAACUUCACUGAACAAACUGCUUACCAUAAUGCUACAGAACGUGGUACUGUAUCAUCUAGGCGUCACCAAAACGUUGUAUCUACAUUACAUGUCCAAUUGUCGUCACCACCUCAUGUCACCAUUUCGGACACAUCAGAUUCUGACACUGUCAAAUAUACUCAAGCUGAAUCGAACAUUGAAGCGGUAUCUCCAAAUACUGCAACAUCGUCAAUACACGAUCCAUCAUUAUUGACUCUUCAAAUGCAAUCUACUAUCACUGAUAUUGAGACGAGUGCUCCAGAACAUGUUGAAACGGUUAUGAAUCCGACAGCCGAUAACUUUGACUCUGUUGUCAGAUCGGAAGAAACUAACACAUCUUUCCACCCUACCGCAUCAACUGGUUCAGUUACUGCUAGCACCAGUUACUUGAAUAUUGUUGGUACACCUACUUUCCGUAACGAUGGCUGCUCUAGAACACAUCAAAUCCAAGCCUCCGAAACUUCUGGAGAGUCUCACUCAUCACCAGCAUAUGAACCUUCUAAUGUUCAGAUUAUUAACUCAGAAACCACUUCAGAUAGAAUGGAAGGUACAAAAGUUUCUCAUACUGGAGAUGCAGAGUUAGAAGCAUGGUCGUAUUCAAGACGUCAGGGAUCACCAUAUCAUUCUGAUAUUUUUCCUUUGUUAUCGGAGCGUGAUAUUGUAAAUGAUGUAUCUGAUAGUGAUGUUAAUUUUCCUAGCUGUUCUAAUCGUCGAUUAAGUGAAUCUAGUGAUUGCCAUUUAUCGAAACGCCGAAGAACCAUGGAACCAGGUGUUGUUUCUCCAGAGUCCAAGGAUGAUAAUAUUGAGAUUGGUCCACAAACAGCUUAUUCAUUGUCACCAUCAGCUCAAGAUGAACUGCCUUUGUCUAUCCUAGAAACAGAUGGUGCUGUCAGUCAAACGAGUAGUACAGCUGUUACACUAGGUAGCACCACUGAUUUGGAUAUUGGGUCUGAGUUGUCCACAAGUUUGAAUGUAGAAAUGAAUUCAGCGACUAAUUUCACUAACAAUAUGAUGUCGUCUCAAUUGCCCCAUCGUGAUAAUGAAGGCUCCGAUCAGCAGCAUGAAGAAAUUGGAUUUAGUCAACUUCUUAAUUCUGAUAUAGAUCUUUAUCAGUCAUCACUUACUAUACAAGAGGGUUCCUUGACAGGGGAACCUGGUUGUAUAAUCAAUGAACAACAAAAUGAUGAUUUUUCAGUUGCUGAACAGUCUAAUGCUUUUCAUGCUGAAGAUGCUUCCGAUGGUCAGGCUUCAGAUUAUGAUGAAUACGAUGAACAAGAUGACGGUGAUGAUGGUGACGAUCAUGAGGACGAUGAUGACGAAAAUGAAACUGAAGAUGAAGAUGCAGAUCAAGAUGUUUACGGUGAUGGUGACCAACUCAUAGAAGGAGAAGAUGAAGAAGAAGAAGAUGAGGAGGAGGAGGAUGAUUCUUCUCAUCACAGUGAUGCGUCAAGUGCCGAUGCUGGUAGUCGAUCAACUUCUCCUACUUGGGAUUCGUGGCCAAGAACAUCUUUUUUCUCUCGCCUAAGCUCACGAGCCGUUUCUCGAACUUCUGAUACUGCAGUUACCUCAGCAAGCAGUACAGAUGCUUUAAAUAGCAUUCGUGAACUAAAUCCGGUGACAACAAGUCAGAGUUCAGCUAACAUAACUUCUGUUUCUACCCAUGGACUCAGUGCUUCUAGUUUGAUUUCUGGCCGUCGGGCUGUUCAGUCAGUUAUAAAUUUAAAUCCAUCCACGUCUUCUACAACCCCAACUUUAGUUAUCACAAGUACGGGAAAUACACCUGUCUCAACUGAAACUGCCGUUACUAACUCCACCACCUCUGUUACUACCCCAGCUGUUUCUUCUGCUGCGGGUUGUAUAAUGACAACUCAGGUUUAUUUAUGCCGGGCAUGUGCUUGCCUCUUGCGGGUAACUGCUGACCUUGUAACUGAAGUUAAAGGGGACCCAGAACAAUUUACAACUGCGCUACGUCGUUGUACAUCGGCUGCCAACCCUAUCAGUCUUUCAUUAACCAUUUAUGAACAACAGCGUCGCAUGCCUGUGUAUCGCACAUCUAAUAUGGUGUCUAUCACUAGCACAUCUUAUCAUCAACCUCAGAAUGACAUCAUUUCUUCAGUUUCCCACUACAAUCCAACCUCAAGAGAUUACCAUACAUACCCACUUAAAAAUUCUAUAACAAGGUCAAACACAGCACCUGCUUGUUUAUCAAAUGAUCGAUCAAAUUCUGUUCGUAUAGAUUCUGAUACUCACUGUGCACAGUUAGUGGCAUCAGUUGGUGUAGCUUUGAUUCCAAUAUGGCAGUGGGCGUCUUCAGCACUGGAUAAUUUGGAAGCCCAACUACGUUUUAGCGCCUCUUGGAAUGCAUGUCUCCCCAAUAAAACGAAUACAAAAGGUGUAUCAAAAAAUUAUAAUGAAAAUCAAGAUGGUGUUAAUCCCGUUUCUGAUAUUCCAACUUCAGUUCCAUUGCAGACAAACAGUGAUGCAAAUUCCAGACGUAAUUAUACAUCAGGAUUGAACACACGGAGACCUGUUGCUUAUCCAAACACCACGUCAUUAUCAUCGUCAUCUACAACGAACAUACGUUCAACUUCAACUGAUAUUCCAACUGCUAGUAAUAGUACAGACGGUGUAGCAGUUGUUCUCGGUGAAAAACAAGAUUUCUUAGCCUAUUUAUUUUCAAUUUUGCGAGCUUCAGGUGGUGAUCAUGGUGACAGUGUGCCUAUUAUUGAUCCACAAGUAAACAAGCAUCUUGCUUACAUUUUGGAUGCUUUGUUGUAUUUCUUCCGUGCAUUUAAAUCUUCCUGGCCAUCUGGUAUUACACGACAUAUGAAAAUACUAUUAUCUGAAUUGAAUGCUAUUCAAAAAUUAAAAGAGACACAACAACAGUUUAUUCACGAAAUUGGAGAGCCAUCAUCUUCACCUGUACUUCAUCGACUCCAAAUGUGUUUUGGUAAAAGCUCAGAUUCCGAAGAUAGUUUAAUUCCUGAACACAUUACCCAACGCAGUGAUUCGUUCUUCCGUCGUUCAGAAAGUGUUUUGUCUCUAUCAGGUGUCGGUCCUGACUUACUAGAUUCACCAUUGUCAGAAUCAUUACCUCUAGCAAUACAGCCUCAGCUGCUGCAACCAACCUCUGAAAGAGCUGAGUUAUUUGGCUGUCAUCGACUUUUACCUAUCAAAUCGACAGUUAAUCUUUCCAAUACUCACAAGAAUGAUGAAAUUCCAAUACACAUGAAUGCAAUGUCGAGUACAUGGGGUGAACGUAUGUGCAGUGAUUAUAAUACUAGUGUUUUAAACAACUCCGAAAAUAGAAGUUGUGAGCUUCUAUCGUCUGACAUACAACAAUUAAUGGCUGGAGCGAAAUUUUUGGAUUCAGUUGGACAAUCUGCAACUCUGCUUUCACGGUGGUGUUCUACUUUAGAAUUCUUUGGAAACCAUUUCAGCUCUGAUGUAGGGACUGAACAAGGAAGUUAUUAUUUUGAACUUGGUGGAUUUCCAGCAAAAGAAGUUCGGUUCAGAAAACAAAUGGAACGUUUGCGCAACCUGUCACGUAGGGAUUUAGUUUUGGAGGUUGAACGGGAACAUAAUUCACUUAUUUUAAACACAAUCAAAUCAUUGAACGUGGAGUUUGCGAAGCGUCAGUCUCUUACAUCAUCUAACAGUUUUAUUAAUACAACCACCAGUAGUUCAGUUGCAAAUAUGAACGAUUCACCACUUUAUCAUCCCACUUCAAACAACCAAGAAAGAGAUCUGUCUUUGCCUCGUCUCAGCGCAAAUGCUAGUCAAGUGGCUGUUGCUCUUCUUCUUGGUACUACUCCUGAUUCACCGUUGCUAGGAUCAUUAUUCAAUACUAGUCCAGUAACUCCUCCUUCUUUAGUUACUGCAAGUUCAAUCUCUUCAGCCCCGCAGUCAGUUUUAACAUGUCGACGCGUUAAAGUUACUUUCAAGGAUGAACCUGGUGAAGGUACUGGUGUUGCUAGAUCGUUUUUCACAGCUUUUACAGAAGCUGUGUUAUCACAAGAAUCUUUGCCUAACUUGAGUUCACUUCUUCAGCAAAACUCUUCGAGCAAUCUGUCACUAUCGCUUCGUCGUCCCUAUCUCUAUUCACCUGUGAGUCGUUCUCAACCAAAUACUUCUACGAAUAGACAGACUUCAGUUUUGGUGCAAUCAACAGCAUCUAGUUUAUUUCAACCAUCUACUCAAUCAGCAACUAGUAGCAUCCAGUCUCAUUCUGUAACUAGCGCUCAACAAAUAACACCAUCAUCUCAAGCCUCUGUUUCCUUUUACCCGUAUCAUGUUCAACCUCGAGCGCAUACAUACACAGUUGGAUCACGUCCAAGAUUAAGCGCUUGGCGACGAACUGGAGCACUUUCAGCAAACGCUUCCCCAUUUUAUCCAUCGUCAACUCAAGCAGUACCACCACCAGUUGAUUGUAAUCCUCAGACAAGCUCUUCUAAUGCGUCAGCAGUUCAGGCACCUGAAACGUCACAUGCUAAUCCAAUAACUACAGAGCAUCUCGCUUCAUCAAGAUGUCCUGAUAUUUCUGUCUCAACACAGUCUAUUAGGUCCAGCGUAGACGCUUCCCCAGUGUCGAGUCCUGACCAAGUUCAAGAUCUGUCCGAUACUGCCGCAUUUUCUCAAAACGAUGCGACAAGUGUGAAUUCUGUUGGAAGCCGACUGUUUGCACAUAUUCAGCCGCUAGUAAGAAAUGAACAACUAACUGCUCGUGUCACUGGAAUGCUUCUUGAACUACCAGCUUCGGAACAUUCAGUAUUACUAACGAAUGAAGAAGCCUUAUGCAAUCGCGUUGAUGAAGCGAGAGCCCUUAUAACUAUGUCUGAUACAAAUGAACAAAAUCAAAGCGAUCAUCCUCGGAUUCCUGUCACUGUCAGCCAACCAGUUCUAGAAGGUUUAGUAAACUGGCGUGAUGUAACUGUGCCUUCUGUUGUUGCUCCUACCACACAAUCUAAUCUAUCUUCGUCAAGUUCACUUGCAGAAGAUUUAGAACGUGUUCCGCUUUUCUGGCAGCCCGGUUUACAGGGUUAUUAUUUCCCUCGAGCAGUUCCUGGUUGUAAUGUCGCUUCCAGCCAUUCCUGUGAUUCGACUAAACUAGCGGCAAGAUAUUCUAUAUACAGAGGCAUUGGUCGUGUAAUCGGUUUGUGCUUGCUGACGAAUGAAACUUGUCCUUUACACUUCAGUCGGCCUGUCUUGAAGUAUAUUCUUGGUCGCGUUCUUCAUUGGCAUGAUUUUGCGUUUUACGACCCUGUGACGUUUGAAGGAUUACGCCAGCUUCUCCUUCAUACUUCUGAAGAUCCUUUGAAGCCUCCUGGAAGCAUAGAAGACUAUAAUCUCACUUUUUCACUUAUUCCUGCUUUGGAAGAAGGUGGUUCGACAUCAACAGGUACAGUUAACCAAGCCACUACUUCAUCGUAUGCUUUGGUGCCUGGCGGGGAUGAAAUUGAAGUCAAUGAAAGUAAUGUAUUCGAUUUUGUUAAAAAGUAUACAGAGUUCAAAAUGCUAACAGCAGUUCAAGAACCAUUGCAGCAACUUCGACAAGGUGUCUUUGAUGUACUUCCUCGAAAUGCAUUCGAUGGACUAACACCUGAGGAUUUACGUCUACUUCUAAAUGGGACUGGUGAUAUAGACGUUGAUGUUUUAUCUGGAUAUACUACAUUCUUAGAUGAGACAGGAACAGGUUCAAAUAUAGAUUUAACUAAAAGCUGUGAUAAUGUGAAUCGUUUGAAAAAAUGGUUUUGGAGUACUGUUCGUGGAAUGGAUACUAAGCAGCGCCAAGAUCUGCUAUACUUCUGGACGUCCAGCCCAACUCUUCCUGCUAGUGCACUAGGAUUUCAACCUGCACCAUCGGUUACGGUGAAACCUCCGGAUGAUCAUCAUUUGCCAUCUGCAAACACUUGUAUUUCACGUCUUUACAUACCACUGUAUUCAUCAAGACACAUCUUAAGAAGUAAACUGUUACAGGCAAUUGAAACAAAAAGUUUUGGAUUUGUAUAA